CUUAUGGAUUUUCCAUAGGAAAUCUUAACCAAAAAAAAAAUAAAAUAAAUACUGUAAAGCCUGUAUAUUUUUGACUUUUUUAAUUGUAGGGUAAAAAGCCAACAUAACAGAACCUUUUGUUGAAAGACAUGAAGAAAAUUUCUUCUCACUUACUGAUUCCCCAAAUCAGAUUCUGAUUCCCCAAAUCAGAAUCACAAGCAAAUCCAAUUAAACUUAAGUACAAUGUCACAAAUAAUGGGUUUAAGUAUUCUCAUUUGUGUUUCUAAAAUGACAACACCACUGUGAAAUGUGUGGCUUUUUACAGGAGAGAAAAUUCCAUACACCUAGGUCCUUUCUCUUUGGCUUUCCUACUUAUAAUUUACUUUAAAAUAUGACAGCAAUUCCACACAUAUAUAUCUCUGAAAGGUGAUGGUAUUGUUGAGUAUUAAGCCUGCCUGAUUAAUAACUUCAUUUUGACACUGAGAAGUGAAUAAAAAUUCACACUUAGCUGGAGAAUUAAAUAUAUAUAACUGCUUAACUGCCCGCAGGAAAUUCAAUUCACUGAGUAACUUUUAUUUAUGUCUAAGAAUAUCUAUGAAAACCUUUUCACAGCAGGUUCCUUCCCUGAUACGGUUAAAUGCAAAUUAUCUCUUUUCCCUCUUACUCCAGAAAGCUCCUGCAUACAUAGCUGAUACGCCACCUACUGCAAAACCGAGCUGACAGCGCAGGCGAUGCUGCCAGCGUUUCCAUUCCAUCACCAGGCUGGGGCUGAAUAAAGGCGUGUUUGUGUGGUAGUGUUUCUUUUUUAAAAAUCUCAACGCCAAGAACAAGAAGCUGAAAUAGCGUGUUCAAAAAUGGAGCGUAAAAUAAACAGAAGGGAAAAAGAAAAGGACUAUGAAGGGAAACACAACAGCCUGGAAGAUGCUGACCAGGGAAAGAACUGCAAAUCCACUCUGAUGACCCUCAACGUUGGUGGAUACUUAUACAUCACUCAGAAACAAACACUGACCAAGUACCCAGACACUUUCCUUGAAGGUAUAGUCAACGGAAAAAUUCUCUGCCCGUUUGAUGCUGAUGGUCAUUAUUUCAUAGACAGGGAUGGGCUCCUCUUCAGGCAUGUUCUAAACUUCCUACGAAAUGGAGAACUUCUACUGCCAGAAGGGUUUCGAGAAAAUCAACUUCUUGCACAAGAAGCAGAAUUCUUUCAGCUCAAGGGACUGGCGGAGGAAGUGAAGUCCAGGUGGGAAAAAGAACAGCUGACACCCAGGGAGACCACUUUCUUGGAAAUAACAGAUAACCAUGAUCGCUCACAAGGACUGAGAAUCUUCUGUAAUGCUCCGGAUUUCAUAUCAAAAAUAAAAUCUCGCAUUGUCCUGGUGUCCAAAAGCAGGCUGGAUGGCUUUCCUGAGGAGUUUUCGAUAUCGUCAAAUAUCAUUCAGUUUAAAUAUUUCAUAAAGUCUGAAAAUGGCACUCGACUUGUACUGAAGGAAGACAACACCUUUGUCUGCACCUUGGAAACUCUUAAGUUUGAGGCCAUAAUGAUGGCCUUAAAGUGUGGUUUUAGACUGCUGACAAGCCUGGACUGCUCCAAAGGGUCAAUUGUUCACAGCGAUGCACUUCAUUUUAUCAAGUAA